AUGGCGGCCGCGGCGACGACGGCUCCUCACGUCCGACAAUUCAAUUGGUACAACUUUUGGGUAUGCUGGCUGGUCUCGCUUGGCCAGAUAGCCUUUGGCUACCCUGCGUCCAUCAUUAGCACAACCUUGGGCGAACCGAGCUUCCUGAUGUAUAUGAAACUGCUGAACCCGGUGACGGGGCUGCCAGCAGGGGAUGCAGACCAGCUCGAGGGAGCCAUGUCUGGCGUUUUUCAGGCAGGAGCCUUCUUUGGCAUCAUGAUCGUGAGCUAUAUCAUGGACAAAUGGGGUCGAAAAGCCGGCGUCAUUUUCUGCUCCUUCUGGUCCCUGCUGGGCGGUGCAUUGAUUUGCGGCUCGAAAAGCUCUGCCAUGUUCAUUGUCGCGAGGUUCUUCGCCGGCAUGGGAAGCUGGGGCUAUCUGGCAGUCACACCUGCAUACAGUGCCGAGCUCGCUCCACCGGCUCUCCGCGGUUUCUUCGUCGGACUCAACGGUGUCAACAUCGCCGUCGGCUACUCGUUGGCCGCCUACACCGGGAUGGGUUUCUUCUAUGUCAAGGAGCCUCAGGCCCAGUGGCGCGGACCAUUGGGUAUUGCGCUUUUCUUCCCUAUUCUGAUGGUGGCCAUGCUUCCGUUCGUCCCGGAAAGUCCUCGAUACCUGCUCAUGAAGGGCCGUGAGGAGGAGGCCGAGAAGAUUGUCUUGAGACUGCACGCCAUCCCGGGGGAUGAGGACCAAGAAUUCGCACGGGGCGAGUUCUAUCAGAUGCGCAAGCAGGCCGAGUUUGAUCGAACUCUGUCGUGGGACGUCUUUUUCAAGAAAUCGUACCGAAAGCGAACCAUCCUGGCCAUGGGCUUCGCUUUUGUGGGCCAGUCUACAGGUGUACUGGUCAUCAACAACUAUGGCCCGACGCUGUAUAAGAGUCUCGGCUACGGCACCGAGGAUCAACUCCGUCUCCAGUGCGGCUGGAUUACUACUGCCAUCAUCGGCAAUGCCAUCGGAGCCGUAUUCAUGGACCGAGUCGGAAGGAAACCCCUGAUGCUGUUUGGCGUCGGCGGAUGCUGCUUCUGGCUCAUCAUCGAAGCCGCCAUUGUCGCCAGCUUUGCCGGCACGGACAACACCUCCGGCCUGGCCAUGGGUGUCGCGGCGUUGUUCUUGUUCGAAGUUGUCUAUAGCUGCGGAGUCGACGUCGCCGGCAUCGUCUUCUACAGCGAAGUGUUCCCAAACCACCUGCGAGCCAAAGGUGUCUGCCUUUCCAUGGCCGUUGUCGCGCUCACCGACCUCGUGUAUCUCCAGGUUACCGCAACCGCAUUUGCCAAUAUUGGUUGGAAGUUCUAUCUGGUCUUCAUAAUCAUCUGCGGCCUAGGCACCUUCACCAUGUUUUUCCUGCUGCCGGAGACCAAGGGUGUCCCCCUCGAGGAAGUCGCCAAGCUCUUUGGCGACACUGACACCAUCAUGGUCUACGCAGCGGACAUUCACAUGGACCAUAACACGCAUGAGCUCGUCGUGAGUGGCAGAGACGGGGCAACACACCCCGAUACCGUGGUCGAGACUAGCAAAGGCCCCGCCGUCACCGAGAAGGGAGAUGAAGCGCGCCACGCUGAGCAAGUGUGA